AACUCAGUGUAAUAAAGUGGCACUUCACUCAGUAUUUGUCUCAAAUCAUUUCACUCUGCUCUCACUCUGAACUUCAUACAUUUUUUAAUCUAAUUAUCUGCACUUUAUUAUUUAUAAAUUAAUUUAUUUUUAUUAAUUGUUACUGUUAUUAUUGUUUGCUGAUGGAGAAGGAGAGCCGGCCAUCGUGGGAGACUCCGACUCAGUUCGUGUUGGCGUGUGUGUCGUACGCUGUUGGUUUGGGAAAUGUGUGGAGAUUUCCUUAUCUCUGCCAGAUGCAUGGAGGAGGGGGGUUUCUGAUCCCAUACAUCCUCAUGCUCUUUCUGGAAGGAAUUCCUCUUUUCUAUUUGGAGCUUGCUGUUGGACAGAAGAUGCGUUUAGGAAGCAUCGGUGCCUUCACUUCCAUCAGUCCCUACCUAGGGGGAGUGGGGUUUGCAAGUGUCAUCACAUCCAUUUAUCUGUGUUUGUAUUAUAACGUAAUUAAUGCCUGGAGUUUCUGGUACCUUUUUCACUCAUUUCAGUCUGUGCUGCCGUGGGCUCAAUGCCCAUUGAACUCCAAUCAUACAGCAUAUUUAGAGGAGUGUGAAGUCGCCACUUCAACACAAUAUUUUUUCUUUCGUGAGACAUUGAACAUUUCAUCGUCCAUCGAUGAGCACACUGUCGGUGUUCACACGGGAGUGGCACUCUGCCUCCUCCUGGCUUGGAGCAUCGUUUUCCUGUUUAACAUCCAUGGAGUCAAAUCUACUGGCAAAGUGGUGUAUUUCACUGCAACGUUUCCGUACCUGGUUCUGAUUGUGUAUCUGAUCCGUGGUGUCACUCUACAUGGAGCGCUAGAUGGAGUGAAGUACAUGUUCACUCCAAAGCUGGAGCAGUUGAUGAAUCCUCAGACAUGGAUAAAUGCUGCUACACAGAUCUUCUUCUCUCUUGGUUUGGGUUUCGGGUCUCUAAUUGCUUUUGCCAGUUAUAAUGAUUACAAUAACAACUUUGAACGUCAGGCCAUCGUCGUCGCCCUCAUUAACAGUGGAACUUCAGUUUUUGCCAGCAUUGUCACGUUUUCCAUCUACGGCUUCAAAGCUACAUUCAACUAUGAGAGCUGCUUAGAGAGGAUGAGAGUUUUACUUCUGAAUACAUUUAAUCUCGCUGAAGAUGCCAUUAAUAAAGAAAAUGUGACGUCAUGGAUUACUGUGUUAAAUCACACACAUCCUGAGCAGCUCGCGCUCAUUCAGCAUAAACUAGAGCCCUGCAGUCUGGAGGCUGAACUGGACACAGCUGUUGAGGGCACUGGUUUAGCAUUCAUUGUGUACAGUGAGGCGAUCAUGAACAUGCCGGCUUCUCAGCUAUGGUCUGUCCUCUACUUCUUGAUGUUGCUGAUGUUGGGGAUGGGAAGCAUGCUUGGAAACAUAACAGCCAUAAUAACACCACUGAGGGACUUCAAAAAUCUUACACAGAACUUCAACAAUGCCACACUGAACGGUCUGGUGUGCCUUUUCUGUUUGUUGCUGGGUUUGGGAUUCACCACCCCUUCGGGUAAUUACUGGUUUACGAUGUUCAAUGAGUAUGGUGCAACGCUCUCGUUGCUCUUCAUCGUGCUGAUUGAAGUUGUCACUGUUUCCUACAUCUAUGGGCUAAAAAGGUUUGAGAAGGACAUUGAGGACAUGCUGGGUCAUCGGCCAAACUGGUACUGGAAAAUCAUGUGGGUUUUUGUGAGUCCAUUACUGCUGAUUGGCCUUUUCAUCUUCUAUAUUAUAAGUUAUAUUCAGGGAGGAACACCAACAUAUCAGGCAUGGGAUAAAGACAUGGGAAAGUCAGUAAAAAUGGAGUAUCCUGUAUAUGCUCAAAUCUUCAUUGGUCUUCUCCUUGUCUCAUCAGUGAGCUGUGUCCCUAUCACAGCUAUUUAUACUUUCUGCACAAGACAUAAAAAACAAACAGUAACAGUACGUGAGGAAAUAAAUACUGUGUUAUCCACCAUAACACCAUAAAACCAUCAAAACACCUGCUAGAAUAUCUGCCACAGCGUACACUGUGAGAGCCUUUAUAUGAUACAUUAUAAAGGAUUCAGUAGAUAAUUAAUAGAAAUAACAUCUAACUAUUUACAUUCAGAAUAAUUUUAACAGAAAAGUAAAUAAACCUGAUCAGUUGAUGUACAUCUAAUGGUUAAUAAGAAUCUAAAUGUUUUACUUAAAUUUUUAUUAUGUGGAAAAUGUGUUAAAUAUAAACAGCACUUUCUACACAGUAGUGUGGAGCAUGUUAGUGUACAUUGUCUGCUUAAAGCACUACAUAUACGUAUUCUUUGGGGUUUAUUGUAAUUUACAAUGAUCUGAUUUUAAAGUUACUCUUUGUACUUAAAUCAAUUAUUACAACAUUUUAAAAGUAGAAUUUAGAUAUUAAAGUUAUUUAUGAGACCAAUUAAUGGCCGUGCUUUUGCACCAAAGCAGCAUAAUGUUACAUUCAGAAAGUCUAAAACACUUGAUUUUCUGAUUCUAUAAAUCUCAAAUAUAAUUGAACAAUUUAUUUUUCUUGUCAUGUGAAAAACACAGUUCAUAAACUAUUCUACAGAGUAAUUUUAUAUUAUAAACCCAGACUCCAAAAAGGUAACAAAAUACAUGAUGGUCUUUAUAACAAGUUAUAUUUCUAAAAUUAAUGAAUGAGAACAUGUUUUCUUUGGUAUUAUAUUGAAAAUAAAAUAUUUUGAAAGCAAUAUAAAAAAAAUUGAAUGAAGCUGUGAUCUGAUUUGUGUUUCAGUGACAGAGCUUCUAGACAGUUAUAUACAGAACAGUAUAUUGUCUUUUUCAAUAAAAUCCAUGCAUAUUGUAUAUGGUCACAGAAUUCUGAUUGUUCUCUUGUUGUGUUUUCAGAUUUCCCCACCUGCUUUUAGUUAAUCUGCUGGAGUAUUUUAAGCUCAUUAUUGCCUUUUGUUUUAUUGAGUGAUGUUGUAUAAUUUCAGUCAGGAAUGUGAGUUCAGUGUAAAGGUCAGAGCUUCACUGGGAAUAAAGUUCACAAUGUAAUGUGAAAACACUUCAUUCACUUUACAAAAGUAAAAAUCCAUUUCUGUAACAAUCAGGAAUAAAAGAGUAUAUUAAUGACA